AGGCUAUAUCCAGAUACAGCUCAAACGGUCGCACAUUCGAAAGACUCAUGAUGGAGGAGGCCAUCAAAAAUGUCCUUCCCUUUCUCUCUGAAGAAACCAUGGUGGCACUGCAACAUCUCCUCACAGACCUUGGGGUGAGGACAGCCGAAGAUAUCGAUCUGCUCACAGCAGAGGAUUUAAGACCUGUCCUGCCAGUAGUGGACUGCAGAAGGCUGAUUUGUGCAUUUCAAAAAGAUGCACAGAAUACUUCAAGUGACAUGGCUUCAUCUGAACCUUCAUCUCCUGCUCCAGCUUGUGGUUUUCCUUGCACUAGUACCAGUUAUAAUAGUCCUGUCCAGAAUAGCUGCUGGGUAUCUGACUUUGUUGUUUGUUGGGACAAGAUGCAUACCCACCUUCGACGAUGCCUUGAGACAAGGAAAAGGCCAAAGCCCUCUGAUAGAAGGCACAUGCUGAGAAUUAUUGCCGAUGAUCUUAGAAAAGUCUGCCUGAAUCCCCCCUUCAAGCAAUGUGCUGAACUUGCCAAAAAAAUUGUGGAUGCCUACCCCGAAAGUUUUGAAGAUAGGACGGACGAAGGAGAGCGACUGGGAAAUGGGUACUUCACGUUAGGCAAACAGCUCCGUACACGCAUUGAGUUCCUAAACCGUGACAACAACCUGGUGCGCCUGAGAAAGUCUAAGAAACAGAAAACCACAGAAACAGAAGAGGUAAAAAAUGGAAACACCAAACCCAAAGUGUGCCAGAACGGAUAGUUAUGGUUGCGUGGCUUGGCAACCACAACAACUGCCACAGGGAGAAACAAGAGCGUCUCUCCUGGAGAAAAAAAGAGAGCUUUUGUCAAUUUUUUCACAUGAAGGCUCCAGAGCAGCAAAUCAGCGGAGAGUUGCUGAGCUAAUGUCUGAGACUUAUAUUUCACAGCGUAGCGACAUCAAUGGAUUUCCCCCUCCAAGUGUUUCAGAUAUCCAAACUAAUUGGCCAUUCCUGUUGAUGCCCUCAUUUUUACUACAACAUUUUAAGACAUUAACAGAGAUUGAGUUGGAAAAGCGGCUUCAGGAAGCACUCAAAACAAAGGGAAAAAGAUUGCUGAAUUUUUUUAAAUCCCAACUAAUGAAAUGGAGUGCUAGUGUCAAGACUGUCCUUUCCAGCCUCGAGGCACAGACUGAAACUAUUAACCCGGGGCUUGCAUCAAUUUUAGUAUUGAUGGCACAAUUCAAAGACCAGGAGGAUGCCAUUUUCCUCUUAGCCGAUGAAACUGCAACCAAAGCAGAUGUUGAAGCCCAGAUGACACUUCCAAGCACUCCAAGGCUCAUCAUGCUUGGCGACUCCAUUUUGGGGGCAAAGAAAUGGAUGCUGUCUGUUGAGGGAAAGGUUCUCCUGCACUCAGAGUUGGAUUUCCCAACCGCCCUGGCCGUCUUCUUCGGUUUGUUUUAUGUGCUCAAUAUGGAGUACCCAGUGGAAGCCGCUACAACUCUAGAAUUUAUCCAACGAUUUUUUGUCAGGAUAAACCCAGAGAACAGCAAAUGUGCUGCAAAGUACAUGAAAAGUAAAACAACCGGCAAGACCGUCCAGAAGAAAAACCACCCCCUUAAUCCACAUGUGGCCUCUCUGAUUUCCAGUUUUAUCGACUUUGAUUGGCAAAAUGAUUAAAAGGGAACUUCCACUCAAGCGGACAUUGAAGCCCUUGAUGCCCAAACCCCCACCCUCCCAACAGCCACCGCAUCUCAUAAUCACGUACACAAUCAACUUGGAAUUGUACUUAAGACUAAAUUUAACAUUUUACAGUACCCCCCUCUGCUAAAGUUGAGUAGUCCACCCCUGCUUCGGCCCUGCACCACUCCAGGAACAAACUCCGGCCCUUUGGAUUACUGCCCUCGUCUGGCCUCAGAGAUGGAAGUUAAAAAUGUCUGAGGCUUUUCCCUAGACACCACAGUUUUACCCCAAUGUGGAAAUGUGCCAUUAGACCCAGUACCAGGCCUAGAUUGAGUCUAUUCCCGGGGAGAUUGAUGUCGGGGUGUUUGAUGGUCUAUGAAUACCUUUUGGUUUGUUGAUGUAGGCCUAGAUUUCGGUUAGUGUUUAGUUACUGUUUGAUUUCAUCUUUGUAGUUAGUGCCAUGAUGGCAUCAGGGUUUGGGGUUUGUAAAGAUAUAAAAUAAAGAUAAAAUGUAGCAGUCUGUUCAGCCAGCAUGCCAUCAGACCUUUAGAAGCAAUGGUGGCUUGCAUGCACAUAAUGCACAUUGUGAUGCUAAAUAACCAAGUGGAAAACACAGCGAAAGAUCUGAAACCACAAGAACACGUCUGAAAGCACAAGAAGAGGAGAUAAAAAAAAAUGAAAAAUAAAUAAAUUGAAGAAAUUGAAUAGAUGAACACACUAUGAAUUGGUAGUGAAGUUGUUGUUUUAUGACAAAGGGCAGGUACAGAGGUAUUGCAUCAGGCUCGUUUGGUGUAACCUUCUGAGUGCUGUUGCUUUGUUGUGUGUUUGUGUGUGUGUGUGUUCAGUUUUAACAGUUUUCCACUGAAGUUUAAUUUCAGCAUUUUGCUAUGUUGUACUUGUUGAUUUUGUUUGAAAUAUUUCUGUUCUCACAUACCUUAACAAACACUUGAUUUUGUUAAAUAAA